CCGCCAUUCCCAACUCAGUGCAAACAUCAUUAUGCAUAUAUCUGAUGUUUGGAAUUUGGCUGCGUAAGUAGCUAAUGGCCCUGGCACAUUCUCGAUGCAACAAUACAUACAUUGUUUCAGAGCUGUUCGAGCUCAGUACCAGUAUUAUUGUUCGUUUGCCGACUUUCCUCGGUUUAUGCUGAUAAGUGUCACUCGAACAGUGGAGAAUGAUCGUUCAUGAUUAGAGUCAAGAUGUCUAACGCGGUCUAGUUGGCCAGACAAUCUGCCAGCUGUUGUAAUGUCAACUUACUGCCAUAAGGUAAUACAUUAGUACCUACUAAUAAUUCAUCAAGGACUGGCAUCAAGCAAGCUUCUCGCCUUACUUGACAAUGUUGCCGGGAAUGGAGUAUAGAUGAUCCGUCAUUUUUUUGCCCCGCCAAACCCAACCCGCUAGAGGGGUACCAUCACAGCGUACUAUGGCCCUGCGUCUUGUCGAGUACCCGAGUAUCGCAUCGUCGCAUGCACCCUGAACUACUUACUACCUACAUCCCCAAAAAUUCCUGUGACUCAGUACAAUCUACGCCCAAAUCCACGUCCGACGCUCGACAGAAGUCUCUCCUCUCGCCUCUGAUUCUUCGGGAAAAGGAUAAUUUACCGAACAAGGCUCGAGGCUCCGCUUCAUCAUGCCUACCAUUUCCGUCGACAAGUACAAGCUUUACGAAGCCCUCGGUCAAAAAUUCACGACCGAGGAGUUUGAGGACCUUUGCUUCGAGUUCGGUAUCGAGCUUGACGAGGAUACUGAGAAUGAUGAGCGUCCAAUUGUAAACGGCGAGCAGGAGCCUCCUCAGCUCAAGAUUGAGAUUCCCGCCAACCGAUAUGACAUGCUCUGUUUUGAGGGUAUUGUCACCAAUCUCAACAUCUUCCGCGGACGAAUUGAGCCUCCCAAGUACCGUUUAGUCGAGCCCGCAAGCGGCAAGCUUGAGUCAAUCACCGUCAAGCCCGAAGCCGAGCAGGUCCGGCCAUAUGUCUCUGGCGCUAUCCUCCGCAACAUCAAGUUCGACAAGAGCCGAUACGAGUCCUUCAUCUCUCUACAAGACAAGCUUCACCAGAAUCUUGCUCGAAACCGAACACUAGUCUCCAUUGGUACCCACGACUAUGAUACUAUCAAAGGUCCCUUCACCUAUGAGGCUCUCCCCCCCAAGGAUAUUAAGUUCAUCCCCCUGAACCAGACCAAGGAGAUGGACUCUGCUGAGUUGAUGAACUUCUAUGAGACUGAUAAGCACCUGGGCCGCUUCCUCCACAUCAUUCGCGACUCACCAGUCUACCCUGCGAUCUACGACUCCAACCGUGUUGUCUGUUCCCUUCCUCCAAUUAUCAACGGUGAUCACUCCAAGAUUACACUUGACACCACCAAUGUUUUUAUUGAAAUCACCGCCACCGACCUCACCAAACUCGACAUCGUCACCGACAUCAUGGUCACCAUGUUCUCCAUGUACUGCUCUGAGCCUUUCACUGUCGAGCCCGUCCAGAUCAACUCCGACCAUAACAACCAAACCCGAGUCACUCCUAACCUGAAGCCCAGAGUUGCUGAGGUUGAAAUCGACUACCUCAACAGCUGCACCGGGCUCACCGAGUCUCCCGAGAGCCUGUGCAAGCUUCUCUCCAAGAUGUCCUACACCUCUACACCCUCAACAAAAGAUUCCAACAUCCUCGAGGUUGCUAUCCCCCCAACCCGAGCGGAUGUCCUUCAUCAAUGCGACGUGAUGGAAGAUCUUGCUGUGUGCUACGGAUACAACAACCUUCCUCGUACUGCUCCUUCACGAAGUGCUACCGUUGGUGCCCCCCUGCUGGUCAACAAGCUCAGUGAUAUUAUCCGAAUCGAGGCCGCCGUUGCUGGCUGGAGUGAGGUUAUGCCCCUAAUCUUGUGCAGUCACGACGAGAACUUUGCUUGGCUAAACCGUAACGAUGACGGAAACACCGUCGUACGUCUGGCCAACCCCAAGACCGCUGAGUAUCAGGUCGUGCGAUCAACUCUUCUACCUGGUCUUCUCAAGACUAUUCGUGAGAACAAGGGCCAUAGUGUGCCAAUGAAGAUCUUUGAGGUCUCUGACGUUGUCUUCAAGGAUGAGUCUCAAGAACGCAAGGCUCGCAACGAGCGGCAUUUCGCCGCCGCCUGGUACGGUCGAACAAGUGGUUUCGAGGUCGUCCAUGGCCUGCUUGAUCGUGUUCUUCUCAUGCUUCGAACUGCAUUCCUCACCCACGAGGAGGGUCUUUCUGGCAAGAGUGUCGAUUAUGAGGUCAAGGAGAACCCCAGCAAGCCCGAUGGUUACUGGAUCGAGGAGCUUGAUGAUGCCACCUUCUUUGCUGGCCAUGCUGCUUCCGUAUAUCUCCGUCUUGGCGGAAAAGAGAGACGCAUCGGCGAGUUCGGCAUCUUGCAUCCUACCGUGUUGGAGAAGUUUGAUUUGAAAUACCCUGUCAGCACUCUCGAGAUCAAUCUCGAGGUUUUCCUGUAAUGUCAAAGAAUCUAAAGAAAACCUACAACACGAGGGUUAGAGCAGCUAAAAGCGGCGACGGACGCAACGAAAUCAUGUGGAUAUGCUUCAAUGUGAACAAACACGUUUCCACAACUAGGAAGACCUUACAAGAUAGACAAAAAUAAAGAAGAAACCAAACAAGGCCGAGUUGAACCUAUGAGUAACCGAAGGGUUUGGUUUAUUAUACUCUAUAACUACCUACCUAAUUCAUGUAGUCUUCAAGGAGUCUAUUGCUGUCUAAGCCCUCGCCGUGUACAGCGCGAUUGGCGCAAAAUCAGAAUGUCAUCACCACUCAAGCGAAA